GCUAAUUUAGCGUGCUGAUACAGCGUGCUGCAAAAUUAAACUGUUCUUUUCAUUGUAUCGAAAAACUCCCCGGUUCAAAGCAACCGACCAUGGGAAUUGCUCCAUUUCAAGCACUUCCACUCAACCUUUUCUAAUGUAAGUGGUAUCACUGGAUAGAUCUCUUUAAUUGUCGAUUGAAUAAGCCUUGAAGUGUAGCAAAGGACCCAGUAGAAGUACUGCUUUAGUGUGUUACAGUAGCAACUCUUAUUUUACGACGGCUUGCUUCUUUUUCGACCGACGUCGGCAGUAUGAGCAGCAGCAACAACAACAACAAGAAACCCUCAGGGGCCACUGUCCCCAGCCUCCCACUCACUCAAACUAACCCACUCUAUCAAGCAGCCUAUUUUGCCCUGGAGAGGAAGAAGUUCCUUCAACUUGCAAAGAAGAAGCAGCAUCUUUGUGCCAUCCAAACCAUCAAGGAAAGGGAUGUUGAAGCACUUUUCCCAGGCAAUCAAGCCAAGGCCCUUAGAAAAGAGAUGCUCCUCCUCCAUACUGAUAUUGUCUCUGUCGGCCUAGGCAAGAACAAGCGAGAGAAGGCCUGGAGAUCUCACUAUGUGUCUUCCAUCCUUGCUUCAAUCUAUGUGGCAAUGGAGAUGAGGAAGGGGAUGGAGUUUCCUACUCCAAGCGCCCAACGUGCCAGCAGAUCCAGGAGCAGCAAUGCAACAGCUCUUCCCCUCUUCCGGUCCGCUGCUAAGGAUGUCAAGCAAGCUGUUGACAAACAGGAGGAUKAGGACAUUGAAAAGCUGAAYAAGMRMUCUUSCAUCAAGCAACAAAAGUAUGGGAACAGGAAGCAAGACAAGAUCCCCUUCGAUCCAACCAAGCUGGAGAAGGCUCCUUGCCCUCAGUGUGGAUGUAUGGCUUGCAUGGCAAUUACACCAAUCGAUGAAGUGAAUCGAAAGAACAAAGAGAACUGGGACAAGUACAUGGAAGAGGUCGAUGAAUACAAGCAGAAUGGGGGGAACAAGAAGCCAAGAUUUCCUCCAUCAGAAGGACAGUGGAUUGGUUACUGGGGAUACAAGCUCCAUUGCAAGUACCAAGCUGAUGGAGGGAACUGUCCCGAAUGCAGCAAGCCUGGGGCUGAGUACUUGCAUCAAGACGCGGAUGGAAAGCCAGCUUGCUCUUGUCCUAUUUGCAACAGCAAGUGUGACGCUAUGUUCCUCAGGGGGAACAGGCACAAGGCUGCUGGUGAGGCCAGGGAAAAGAAGGAGGCUGCUGCCGCCCCAGCAGCAGCAGCAGCCAAUGCGUCCUCGUUGCCUCAGCUUUUCACUCAGUAUGUCGGUAACUCGUUGCAAAACGGUGUGAUUGAUGCAGCUGCUCAAGCAAAUACUGCUGUGGAUGAUCCAGUCGCUGCUCAAAAUUCUUUUGCUUUUGCAGCACACAGAUUGCUCACUAAUCAUGAUAUUCAAGGGAACAUGGCAAUGAGGCAUGCCAUGCAAGGAAUGGGUCCAAUGGGAACUGAGACCAGGGAUGGGCUAUCAAUUGAUGCUCUUAGGAAGGGACUGUCAGGGAUCCAACAGUCGAACGAGCAAGGGGAUUUGGUGUCCCUAAUCCAAGGGAAUUGCAACAGCAGCAGCCUCAACAGCAGGCCCCUGUUGCUCCCCAGCAGCCGCCGCUGCAGGCUCGUCCUACUACUGGUGUGAGAGGACGUGGACCUGCUGGAGGACCUCCUACCUUCAACCACCAGGAUAUUCGGCAUUUCAGGAAUAAGCUGUCCCCUGUUCCUGAUAGGACUGAUGAUACUCGGUCCCCCCUUGAGGUUGAGCUUGCAAAYGCUGCUGCUGCUGCUGGUGGUGGUGGUGGUGGUGCUGCUGCUGUUGCGCGUCCUUGCCCUUCAGUUCCAGCAGCAGCAGCGAUGCCUCCUCCAGCUCCGAUUCCGGUUUCUACAGUAUCUACCAAGUGAUCCUACAGCACCAAAGGGUCCUCUAGCUUGCAUCCUAUCAGUAUCCUUGAUAGUGAUAGUGACAGCUCAGGCUUCCUCUCCGAUUUCUACAGCACAGGCAAGCUGGCAGAUGUGAAGCCAGUGGUCGUGAAGUCUGAAUUCAAGCUUCCUCCCUUGGCAAAGCGUCGAAAGGCUUCUGUUCCAGCUACUCCAGCGUUUGCAAGACAAAUCAGACAGGAAGCUGUCUUGCAGUCUCAUUGUGGUGACAACACCCCUUCUACAAUGAAAGCGCUGGAUCUACUGUCUAUGAAGCUUACUGCUGGGGACACUAGUACUGAAGCAAUGGCACUGAAGAAGCGAGCGCAGGAUAUGGAGAACGUCUGUCCCAAUGUGGAGCAGGCAACUGGUUCCUUGGUAAAGUUUGCUAAGCGCCAGCUGUUUGCAAAGCAGGGGAAGCAAGCUUGUCCUGCUCCUUCAACCGCUGGUGGCUUGAAUUUGCUUGCAGUAGCAGCAAGCACUGGCUCAAAGCGGCCAGCAGUAGGCCGCGGCUUGGGCCUGGGUCUAAAGCGUGUUGCCAAGCGUCCAGCUUUUAGCAGCAAAAAGCCUGUUGUUGCUGCUGUUUCAAAGAAGGUGUCAGCUGUUCCAAGCAAGAAGGCGAGCAGUCCUGGCGACUUGCCCAGCAGCCAGAGCUCAACCGGAUUCGAUUAUGGAGACAGUGAUUGAUUGGUUGCUUGCUCAUCUUGUCUUUCCUAUGGAUGCUGAAUACUGAAAGCAUCGAUUCAAAUGCUGAGUGCAUCGAUUCCUCUAAUGGUGGUUCUUUUCCUCCUGUUUCUCCACCAUUAGGAUGUCCUCUUGCUGUCUCUUUUGUACAAACAGAGCAGCUUGCGCGUGCUGUUGUAAUCCCUGUGAUUGCUGUUGAUAGAACGCCAGGUACCUUGUUGAGGUAGUACUACUAUUGUAAUAGUAUAGAGACCCCCAUAUUAGUUUGUAAAGCAACUUGCUGUAGAUUCCAGACGCGCUGCAGUAUAUUCAAAAACUGUAGGCCCAGGAUGAGACGCGUGGUCAGCAAGCUGGUCCUUGGGGUAUUGCUCAAGCCUAUUGCAUCUACUCUUGGUAGAUAUCAUUCCUACUAAAGAUAAAGUGUUUACAAAUAG